AUGUGCGAUUCAGGUGGCUAUAGGAUUUCAUGCAUUGGGUGUCUCUGCCUUAGCAUAUAUGUACAUCAACUCAAUGAUGCUCUUAUGCAUCAUACGAAGCAGAUGUCAGGAUAUAUGACUCUUUUACAGUUACCUACCAGGAGUGCAGGUGAUGUGUUCACUAUUCGAACUGCAUUGGAUCUGCUGCAGACAAAGGAUAUCUUGUGGAUGCCAUCUGCAGCUCAUAGAGAACAUAGGCCUUGUCAUGACAUCUCGUUUUUCUCAGGCUACAUCAGAUGUGGUUCACUAAUGCUCCCUUAUCUACCAGAGAGGGUGGUGUUUAGACAAUUUGGACAUGAACAAGGCAUUCCUCGCUCACCAUGUCUUGGUUUCACACUAUUCCACACCUACAUCAUCCCCCCACGAGAAGGAGAUCCUCCAAGAGCCCCAUUGCAGCUCUAUACCAUUCAAACUGAGUCUAGUUCAAGUGAUUCUCAUUCUUGUUCAGAACGAUUUGAAAGAAUUUCCAAGUUACUUCAAUCCAUGCUUGAUCUAAGUGUGGUCAUGGAAGGGACUGAGGCUUGGAAUACCACACAAGAGGCAUUGAACAUCUCAAGGAUUUGCACUGAGACUAAUUGUACAUGA